CAGCAACAGUAUCAUAUCAGUGUUAGCAAUCCUUUAGUGCAGAAGUGCAUCAAUCGCAGAUUACAGUUUAACUGUUUGAAACAACCAAAACAACCAUCAAGAUGAAAUCCUUCAUUGCCUUGUUCAUCAUCCUUGCCAUCGCUGCCGUCUAUGGCGCUGAGGAGACCAAGACCACCGAGAAGCGAGGCAUCUACGGAGGACUUGGCUACGGAUAUCCCGGCUACGGUGGACUCGGCGGUUACUACGGAGGACUCGGUGGAUAUGGCGGAUACGGCGGACUGGGCUAUGGCGGAUACCACUCUGCUGGAUACUACGGUGGCUACCCAGCUGCUGGUGCAGGAUACCUCGGAGGACACGGAUACUACAGCGGAGGUCUGCAUGGAUACCCAUACAGUGGACUGGGCUACCAUGGAAUACACUAAACGGCGUCGACGAGAUGAUGACGAUGAGCUCCUAUGCGAAACAAGGCUGUUCCUUUCCAACCAUCCCCACCAAAAUGAUGUGUCUACACAAUGAGGCGAAGACUUUUCAACAACUACAACAUCUUUCAUUCGUUUGAAGAUGCGUGUGUAAAGUGAAGAAAUCAACAGAACGAACAUAAGUAUCGAACGACAUGUAUAUUUUUUAUAUCCAUUUUUUUCAACGUCUAUUACUCUUCUUAUACUCAAUAUCGACGAAGCGAUACACUGUCAAAGAUGUAGUGUUUCAAAAUUUAACCAUGUGUAAAUACUUGUGAUGAUUUAUUAUUUCGUACGACAU